UUCACAUUUGUAAUAAUCGAGAUAUUGUUCGAGUAAUGCCAAUGUUAAUGUUUUGUGUAGCAGUAAAAAUAUUAACUUCAGUAACUAAUGUAAUUUAAUAACAAUUGAACUAUUAGAUGCUUGUUAGUGAUUUUAAUUAUUCGAGUUUUUAAUUAAAAUAGUAACUGAUAAUGUCAAGACCUUCUGUGUUGUUGUCUCAUAACCAGUUUCCAAAAGAUGUAAUUGACUUACUCAGUGAAAAAUUUGAUGUUGAAGUUCUGGAUGUUGAAGGGCUAAAAGUGUCAAAACAACUUUUAUUAAAGAAAGUUACUGGAAAAUUUGGACUUAUUGUUUGUGGAAUGAACGAAAUUGAUGAAGAAGUAAUUAAAACUGCAGGUACAAAUUUAAAAGUUAUAAGUACUACAUCAAUGGGAUAUGAUCAGAUAGAUUUAGAUGCUUUGAAAAAAAGAGGAAUACGGUUGGGUAACUCUUCUAUUGUUACUGCCGAAUCGGUUGCAGAACUUACUAUUGGGUUAUUAAUUGCAACUUCACGAUGCUUUUUUUCAUUAAAUCAAGAACUUAAACUAGGAAAAAAGCAAGUUAAUUCAAGCAUAGGUUUAUUGAACUCUGUGGUUGGUAUUAUUGGUUGCGGUAAUAUUGGUAUAUCUAUAGCAAACAAACUCAGUGCAUUUCAUUUAAAAAAAUUGUUAUAUACUAGCCGACAACAAAAAGCUGUAGUGGAAUCAUUGGGAGGUCAAUUUGUUUCAAUCGAUGAAUUGGUCAUGAGUAGUGAUUAUAUUAUACUGACAAGUGUGUUGUCACCUGAAACAAGAUAUACUAUUAAUAGAAGUCGUUUAUCAUCUAUGAAAUCAAAUGUCGUGAUUAUAAACAUAGGCCGAGGUCAAUUAAUAGACCAAGAUGCCCUAAUAGAUGCUUUGAAGGAAAAGCGAAUUAGAGGAGCUGGUUUAGAUGUUAUGACACCAGAGCCCCUUCCCAUGGAUUCACCAUUAAGAAGUAUGGAAAACGUCGUUCUAUUGCCACAUAUUGCUGGUCAAAACGUACAUGGUAAUUCAUUAAGAAAAUCUUUAUUGGCUGCUAAUAAUGUUAUUUCAGUAUUAGAAAAUCGUGCAAUGCCUUGUGAAGUGAUCUUCUAAGAAUAGAUAAAAUAUUUUUUGUUUUGUUAAAUAAUGUAUCAAAUCUUUACAACUUUAGAUAAAAACUUUUAAUUGUUCAGCGCUUGAUUAAUCUAAAACUAUGUAUUUUUGUAUGUUAAUAUUUUUAUGUUACUAGUAAGUAGUUUCAUUUAUAUUGAAAUAUAAGGUAUAUUUAUUUGAUAAA